AUAAACAACUCCGACGACGUCGUCAGUCCUCCACGCAUCUGUCAACACGGUCGAUAAAUCGUUCGACAAUUUUCGUUAAUUCGCGUAAUUCGGAAAGUCUUUGACAAUAUGUAACAAUGUAGCAGGACUCGAAUAAUAUUAAAGAACACUGGUUAACACGUAAAUCCUGAUUCAUUAGAAUGGAGAUCGCCAAAUCGUUAUUUAACGUCCGCGAUCAUGAAGGUUACGUUGGGAAGGAAGAUCACGAUAAAAAGCUGGAAACAGCUGUAUCAGAUGAUGAAUACGACAUUGAUGGUAGUGGACUGGGGACUGAAGUGUUGUCACCGGCACCAGGUGGACCAUUUUCUGCAUUGACUCCUUCUAUGUGGCCUCAGGAUAUUCUGGCAAAACUCAAUCAGCCAAAUGAUGAUCCAAAUUCUCAACCAGAAUACAGGUUUGAUGAGUUUGGAUUCAAGGUAGACGAAGAAGAUGGCUUAGAACAAAGUGCUAAAAAACUACUCAACGUACCUUUUGUUGAAGACCCUCAACACAGAUUGCAGUGGGUUGCAUUGUUGGAAUUUAGUCACAACAAAGAAGUAUCUGAACUCUCAUGGCAACACGUAGACAAUCGUUUGCCUCGUACUGACAAGCUACGAGAAAUGGUACGCAAGGGUAUACCACAUUCUCUCAGACCACAAAUAUGGAUGAGAAUGUCUGGAGCACUCCAAAAGAAGAUAGCAUCUGAAACAACGUACAAAGAUAUUGUUAAAGCUUCAAGUAGCGAUGCGUUAAUGACAAGCAAACAAAUUGAAAAAGACUUGUUAAGAACAAUGCCAGUGAAUGCCUGCUUCAGCAAUUUGCACAGUACUGGAAUUCCUAGAUUAAGACGAGUUAUGCGAGGUCUUGCCUGGUUAUAUCCAGAUAUUGGAUAUUGUCAAGGAACUGGAACUAUAGCAGCUUCACUAUUAUUAUUAUUAGAAGAAGAAGAUGCCUUUUGGAUGAUGGCUACAAUAGUUGAAGAUUUGCUUCCAGCUUCCUAUUACUCUUCUACACUUAUAGGAAUUCAAGCAGACCAACGAGUUUUACGAACUCUUGUUGCAAAUUUCCUUCCGGAUAUUGACCAAGCACUUGUUCAACACGACAUUGAGCUUAGCCUGAUAUCUCUCAAUUGGUUCUUGACAUUGUUUGCAUCUGUUGUUCAUAUGAAAAUUUUAUUGAGGCUCUGGGAUCUAUUCCUUUCUGAUGGAUCUAUUGUAUUAUUUCAAGUAACUUUAGGAAUGUUAAAAAUAAAAGAAACGGAGUUGAAGGCUUUGGAGAAUUCCGCACAGAUAUUUAAUGCCUUAUCGGAUAUUCCUGGGGAUAUAAUUGACGUGGACCAGUUGUUAGAAGUUUCAUUAGAAGUCAGUGGAUCAUUGACUGAUGCUCUUGUUGAAACACAUCGAAGAAGACAUUUAGCUUACUUAAUGGCUGAUCAAGGUGGCCUUGUUGGAAAUCCAGAUGCCGUUCCUAAUUUACCAAAACAGCAUCUCAAUAGGAGACAGGUAAAACGAAGUAAAUCAAUGCUUCAAUCAUUUUUAUUCGGCGAUGACGAAUCUGGAGAUGAUGUUAAAUGUAAAAACAUCAGGCAGACAGAAAUAUUAGUUGAUCUGAGAGAGGCUGUGCUGCAAGUUGCCAGGCAUUUUAUUAAUUUGGAUCCCAAACUUAGUAAUACCUCGUUGACCGCUGAUUAUAGCAUGGAAAGUCAUGCUAAGGACCAUGAUAAUUAUAUUAACGUUUCGCGAACUCGAAAACGACGUGCCAAAGCCUUGUUAGAUUUCGAAAGACACGAUGAUGAUGAACUUGGUUUUCGAAAAAACGACAUUAUAACGAUCAUCAGUCAAAAAGAUGAACAUUGUUGGGUUGGUGAGCUCAAUGGACUUCGAGGAUGGUUUCCAGCAAAGUUUGUAGAACUUUUAGACGAGCGAAGUAAGCAGUACACUUGUGCUGGCGACGACGCAGUCAGUGAAGCAGUUACAGAUUUAGUUCGUGGAGGACUAUGUCCAGCUAUCAAAUCAGUGCUCGAGCAUGGAAUGAAAAGACCGUCGUUUUUAGGGGGCCCCUGUCACCCCUGGCUUUUUAUCGAAGAAGCCUCAAAUCGUGAAGUUGAAAAAGACUUUAAUUCCGUUUACAGUAGACUAGUUCUUUGCAAAACAUAUCGAUUAGAUGAAGACGGCAAAGUGCUUACUCCAGAAGAACUUUUAUACCGUUGUGUUCAAUCUGUAAAUUUAACGCACGACAACGCUCAUGCUCAAAUGGAUGUAAAGCUGCGUUCUUUAAUUUGUCUUGGACUGAAUGAACAAGUUUUACAUUUGUGGUUGGAGGUUUUGUGUUCAUGUGUAGAAGUUGUACAAAAAUGGUACUAUCCUUGGAGUUUUGUAAACAGUCCCGGUUGGGUGCAGAUCAAAUGUGAACUUCGCACAUUAGGCCAAUUUGCAUUUAAUUUAAAUCCGGACUGGGAACUUCCUCCUAAAAAAGAACAAUCACAACCAUUGAAGGACGGAGUGCGCGAUAUGCUUGUGAAGCAUCAUCUUUUUAGUUGGGAUCUGUAAGAUUAGUUAAAUUUUUUUAUUUAUUUAUGUAUGGUUAUUUUAUUUAUGCAUCUUUUAAUUAUUUUCAUUUCGUGUGCAAUAACUUUUUAUUUAAUCUAAAUGAAUGAUUUUAUUAUUUUAAGUACUACCAUUUUUAAAAGAGCUUUUAAUAUAAAUUUAAUAUUAUCAGGCAAACAUUUGCAUUAUUCAAAGUAAGCUGAAUUAUAAACUCAAUUUAAAGAUUACUUUGAAUUGAAAUUUUGUACCUAUACAAAUUAUUUUAAUCUUAUUAUGAUAAUUUUUGGAACGAUAGUCUGAAAAUUCUGGGUAUAAAAAUUGUAUGUGAAUUUUUUCUAAUAUUAGUGUUAUAUAAAUGAAUGAAAUCGUAAAGUUUAUAUUCUAUUUGCAUAGACAAUAGAAUCCUCUAGAAGUUAUAAAAGUACCUGUCAUGUAAGACAAUAGUUUUCACCACACUGUAAAUGUGAAGUGCAAUAUCUUUAAAGGAAUUUACAGACUUCGAUUUAUUAAUCAUUGCUUUUUACAUUCAAAUACGAAAACUCUUUGUUCCGAGCCCUAUGUCCGUCCUAUGGCACAUUUCAAAGAGAAAGAAUCUAAACUUAAGUUUAUGUACAAUAAACUAAGUAACUAUUAUUGAACAUUACUGUAAAAAGUUUGCGAAUAAAAUAGUUAGUUUGCAUUGUUGCAUUUAUUGAAAAGAGAAUAUUCAUAAAAGAUAAAAGUGUAAAGUGAUUGUGUAUGUGUGAGAGAAUAUGUUUGAUAAAGUGUGUCAAAGUAUGA